AUGACCUUGAGUGAUACCACGAACGACUAUGGUAGUCAGCCAAAGCGCGCCAGAAAGAAUCAGAAGAACUUGAUCAUAAAUGCAUUUUUAAUGGGAUCCCCUGGAUGUCAAACAAUUGGCUCCUGGAGGCAUCCCGAUGAUAAGUCUGAAGAAUACUUGACUAACCCAAAGUUUUGGACUGAUCUUGCCAAAACUUUGGAGAAGGGUAAAUUCCAUGCAGUCUUUUUCGCGGAUGUACUUGGAUCUUAUGACGUUUAUCAAGGGCCUAGCAACAUCGGACCAGUCGCAAAGGCCGGAUCCCAAUGGCCAAUCCUGGAUCCUAGUUAUUUCAUUCCCUUAAUGGCAUCGGUCACAAAAGAUUUGUCUUUUGGGAUGACUAUCUCGACCAUAUCAGAAGAACCAUACCACUUAUCUAGAAGACUUGGAACUAUCGAUCUAAUCACAAACGGUCGCGUUGGCUGGAACAUCGUUACAUCAUACCUAGAAAGUGCGGCAAGAAACCUACUGAACGGUAAGGAUCUUCCUGGUAACAAUGAGCGUUAUGCGAAAGCUGAAGAGUACGUUGACGUGGUUUACAAGCUAUUCUUGAGUUCUUGGAGGGAUGGUGCCGUCAAAAUCAAUAAAAAGGAAGGAAUCUUCACUGAUCCUAAAGGUUUAAGACAUAUCAAACACAAGGGCGAAUUCUUUGAUGUAUUGGGACCUAAUAUUACUCCUCCAAGCAGACAAAAACUUCCUGUUAUCAUUCAAGCUGGUACCUCUCCUAAGGGUAAGGAGUUAGCAGCCAGAAACGCAGAGAUCGUAUUUUUGUCGCAAUUGACGCCUGAUAAACUUGUUGGGCCUAUCAAGGAAAUUAAAACGAUUGCCAAGGAGAAGUUUGGAAGAGAUCCUUCAAAGAUUAAAUUUCUUGCAUUGAUGACUGUUGUUCUUGGUGAUACUCAUGAACAAGCAGUAGCUAAGGUCAAGCAGUUCAAAGAGGUGUUUGGUGACGUUGAGGCUGCCAAAGCUAUGUUUUCGGGAUGGACUGGUGUUAAUCUAGACUUAUUCGAGGACGACCAACCUCUUGAAAAUGUCGAGCACCUGGCUCUUGCCUCUUCGAUUAAAAGAUGGUCUGGCCAGCACCCAACUAUAAAAAAAUGGACGAAGGACACAAUCGCUGACAGUAUUCUUGUUGGUGGAAGUGGUGCGUUAAUAAUCGGAACGCCUGCUGAGGUUGCUGAUGAGCUUGGUAGAUGGGUUGAGGUUUCAGACAUUGAUGGAUUUAACCUUGCUUACACUGUUUUGCCACAAUCUUACGAAGAGAUUUCUGAGAAGUUACUUCCUGAAUUGCAAAAGCGUGGUCUUUUCAGGCACGAGUAUCCAAAAUCGGAGACACCUGGCCAAGGUCCAACCUUUAGAGAGCAGUUAUUCGGAACAUCGAAGCUAGAUGAAACUCAUCCUGCCUCUGGUCUUUCCUGGAACGAAAAUGAAGAGGCAGAAGAAUUUGAGGAGCGUUUCGAAGCUGCUUACAAUAAGCUAAAGGGUAUAAAAAACUAG